UCUGAACGGUCAAGUGACCGACCGAUGCGCGUGUGUGGUCAGAUCCAACAGCGUUACUUUGAUUCAAUAUAUGUUCCAACCGUCGAUUGGGGAGGGAAGACAGCAUUCUACCAUUCUUUCUUUGACCACAUAGUGAUACGUGACAUACUGUUAGUGAGCGGAUCCAAUUGAAAAGUAAACGUAAUAAGCAUUGAACUGUUACUGAUCGUAGGUCCCGAUUUCAAACCUUAUCAAUUCCAUAGCUGCUAACCUUAUUAGAUCAAUAUAGCAAAACGGAUUAAGUUAGAACAAUUAAUAAUUGCGUUUCUGUAUCUAGUGUGAAAAGCUGAUAGUUUGGCUCUGAUAAAUACAUUGCCCCCCGACAUGGCUCUUGUGCUAAGAAAUAUUUAUGAAACCUUCAAUUACUUCUUCACGGAAUACAAAGAUCCACGUGUCGAGCAAUACCCAUUACUCGGGUCCCCAUGGCCUAUUGUAACUAUAAUCAUAAUAUACUUGCAGUUUGUUAAAGUUUGGGGCCCAGAAACGAUGAAGAACCGCACGCCUUUCCAGCUUACUACCCUUAUGAACGUGUAUAACCUUAUACAGAUAUUUCUCAACCUUUACAUUGGUAUCGUGGGAGGGUUAAAUUCGUACUUUUCUGACGAUUAUAGUUGGAGUUGCGAACCUAUUAAUCAAAAAGGCAGUGCUUCUAGAAAAAAGUUGAUUUUUGUUACGUACCUCUAUUUCAUAUCGAAAAUAAUCGAUCUUCUCGAUACGGUAUUUUUCGUUGUUCGCAAAAAAUAUAAUCAGAUAACAUUUCUUCAUACCUACCAUCACGCUGGAAUGGUUGUGGCGACAUAUGUUUUCACCAAAUUUUUGGCUGGGAGUCAUGCAACCCUUUUGGGCUUAAUCAAUAGCUUCGUUCACGUGAUAAUGUAUUUCUACUACUUUCUCACGUCCUUCAAACCUGAAUUGAAAAAUUCCCUAUGGUGGAAGAAACACAUUACUCAAGUUCAAUUGCUGCAAUUUACAAUUCUUAUGCUCCAUUUUGGUGUACCACUGAUUGGCGGAUACUGCGAAUUUCCAAAGGUUUUACUGUUCAUUGGACUUACGCAGAAUAUGUUCAUGUUUACACUUUUUGCCGACUUUUACAUUAAAACAUACAUAAAAAAAACUAAAGUAGUUCGAUAGAAGAGACUAACAGCAAGGUGACUAACCGUUCCAGAUGUUAAAUAAUAUACAAAUAAAACCAUUCUCAAUCGUAUUCUUUAAGCACGUGAUUAGGGAUCUAUCAAACAAUUUUCACAAACAUUCUUUCUGAAAAAUUCUGCAAUAUCAAUUAGGGGUUAUAUUCAACGCCCACUGCACAUUUUAAAAAUAAAAAAAAACCAAAGUA